CGCGCGCGCACACACACUCACACACACACUCACACACGUGUGCGCUCCUCCGCUCCGGAGCUGCUGCUGCUGCUGCUGCGCUCAGCGCCGCAGUGGAAGGCAGGGCUGAACCGCUCCUUCUUUAAAUAUAUAAAUUACAGCCUGGGCCAGCCUCGGCGGCCCCCCUUCCAGCGCUCCCGGCGCCCCUCCCGUCAGUUCGCCAGCUGCCAGCCCCGGGACCUUUUCAUCUCUUCCCUUUUGGCUGGAGGAGCCGAGUUCAGAUCCGCCACUCCGCACCCGAAACUGACACACUGAACUCCGUUUCUUCCUCUUAAAUUUAUUUCUGCCUAAUAGCCACUCGUCUCUUUUUUCCCCCCCAUCUCGUCGCUCCAAGAAAACUUUUUCUUACUCCCCAAAGUUAGGGUUCCCCCUGGCCAUCGUGUAUUAAUAUUUCCCCUUUUGGAACGACUUGUAUUUUCUUUUUAAAGGAAUUCAAGCAAGAUAGCUUUUCUAUUGGACAUUGACUCUCGACUGUUUGCAAAAGUUUCGCAUUAAAAAAAAAAAAAACCUACCUGAUCUGAACUUUGAGAGUUAUUGGUUUCUUUUUUUCCUACUUUUUAAAUUUUUUUUGUUUUUUUUUAACUUUUUCCACCUUUAAAAAAAAAUGCACUACUGUGUGCUGAGCGCUUUUCUGCUCCUGCAUUUGGUCGCGGUGGCGCUCAGCCUGUCUACCUGCAGCACGCUCGAUAUGGACCAGUUCAUGCGCAAGAGGAUCGAGGCCAUCCGCGGGCAGAUCCUGAGCAAGCUGAAGCUCACCAGCCCCCCAGAAGACUAUCCCGAACCGGAGGAAGUCCCCCCGGAGGUGAUUUCCAUCUACAACAGCACCAGGGACUUGCUCCAGGAGAAGGCGAGCCGGAGGGCGGCCGCCUGCGAGCGCGAGAGGAGCGACGAGGAGUACUACGCCAAGGAGGUUUACAAAAUAGACAUGCCGCCCUUCUUCCCCUCGGAAACUGUCUGCCCAGUUGUUACAACACCUUCUGGCUCAGUGGGCAGCUUGUGCUCCAGACAGUCCCAGGUGCUCUGUGGGUACCUUGAUGCCAUCCCGCCUACUUUCUACAGACCCUACUUCAGAAUUGUCCGAUUUGACGUCUCAGCGAUGGAGAAGAAUGCUUCCAAUUUGGUGAAAGCAGAGUUCAGAGUCUUUCGUUUACAGAACCCCAAAGCCAGAGUGCCCGAACAACGGAUUGAAUUGUAUCAGAUUCUCAAAUCCAAAGAUUUAACAUCUCCAACCCAGCGUUACAUCGACAGCAAAGUGGUGAAAACAAGAGCAGAAGGCGAAUGGCUCUCCUUUGACGUCACUGACGCUGUUCAUGAAUGGCUCCACCAUAAAGACAGGAACCUGGGAUUUAAAAUAAGUUUACACUGUCCUUGCUGCACCUUUGUACCGUCUAAUAAUUACAUCAUCCCCAACAAAAGCGAAGAACUAGAAGCAAGAUUCGCAGGUAUUGAUGGCACCUCCACAUAUACCAGUGGUGAUCAGAAAACUAUAAAGUCCACUAGGAAAAAAAACAGUGGGAAGACCCCACAUCUCCUGCUAAUGUUGUUGCCCUCCUACAGACUUGAGUCACAACAGUCCAACCGGCGGAAGAAGCGUGCUCUGGACGCAGCCUAUUGCUUUAGAAAUGUGCAGGAUAAUUGCUGCCUACGUCCACUUUACAUUGAUUUCAAGAGGGAUCUUGGGUGGAAAUGGAUACAUGAACCUAAAGGGUACAAUGCCAACUUCUGUGCUGGAGCAUGCCCAUAUUUAUGGAGUUCAGACACUCAGCACAGUAGGGUAAAUAUUUGGCUAACUUGUCUCUUCUAUUCUUGGGUUGCUAAUGUGUACCUGCUGAUAGUAUUUCUAAAUGAAUUCUAAUUAACCUGGUUCCUUUCCAUCAUCACACAUAAAUGGGCGCUGGAGAAAUCCUUUUGAAUGAUGAGGAAGAGUGUAGGAUGUAGUGAACUCAGAAAGUAACACUGAUCAGUUAGAACAGUAGGUCUUGCCUUCCCAAUUAGAUUAUAAGCAACUCGAGGACAAUUUUAUUUAAUUUUUCCUUUGUUUUAUGUUCUUAACAGCUGUAAGCAUAAAUAGAUAGCGAGAAAAGAAACUGUUUGGGAUGAAUCUAUCACAUAGUGUCAAGUACAGCUGUGAAGGGACUCACGUCCCCAUCUAAAGAAAGGAUCUGUCACCCGUAUCAGGGACUGUCAUAUUAGAAAGAACAUUAGGACUUGAGCAGAUGCUUUGGCAUAGAGAUUCACUAGUGUAUGACAGUUAGAAAGUUGGUGAACUCCUCUGACCCUCAAUUUAUUAUCAGUAAAAAGGAAUGUCUACAUUAAAAAGAAUAUGUUUAGGGGCUGGCCCCGUGGCCGAGUGGUUAA